AUGCCGCGGGAAAUCAUAACGCUACAGCUCGGACAGUGCGGAAAUCAAAUUGGUUUUGAGUUUUGGAAGCAGCUGUGUGCAGAGCAUGGCAUCAGUCCAGAGGGGAUUGUGGAGGAGUUUGCAACUGAGGGGACCGACAGAAAAGACGUUUUCUUCUAUCAGGCCGAUGACGAGCACUACAUCCCUCGAGCAGUUCUCCUGGAUCUGGAGCCGAGGGUGAUCCACUCCAUCCUCAACUCUCCCUAUGCAAACCUGUACAACCCGGAGAACAUCUACCUGUCCGAGCACGGCGGAGGUGCUGGGAAUAACUGGGCGAGUGGAUAUUCACAGGGCAAAAAAAUACAAGAAGACAUUUUUGACAUCAUUGACCGGGAGGCAGAUGGCAGUGACAGUCUGGAGGGAUUUGUCCUGUGCCACUCCAUCGCUGGGGGGACGGGCUCUGGCCUUGGAUCCUAUCUGCUGGAGAAACUCAAUGACAGGUACCCAAAGAAGCUGGUGCAGACAUACUCAGUUUUCCCCAACCAGGAUGAGAUGAGCGACGUGGUCGUCCAGCCGUACAACUCUCUGCUCACGCUGAAGAGGCUCACCCAGAAUGCGGACUGCGUGGUGGUGUUGGAUAACACAGCUCUAAAUCGCAUAGCCACAGACAGGCUGCAUAUCCAGAACCCCUCGUUCUCUCAGAUCAAUCAGCUGGUUUCAACCAUCAUGUCUGCAAGCACAACCACCCUGCGCUAUCCAGGCUACAUGAACAACGACCUUAUUGGCCUGAUUGCCUCCCUCAUCCCCACGCCCCGCCUCCACUUCCUCAUGACUGGAUACACACCACUCACCACCGACCAGUCGGUUGCUAGUGUGAGGAAAACCACAGUACUGGAUGUGAUGAGGAGGCUUCUGCAACCCAAGAACGUGAUGGUGUCCACAGGAAGAGAGAGGCAGCCCAGUCACUGCUACAUCGCCAUCCUUAAUAUCAUCCAGGGAGAGGUUGACCCCACACAGGUUCACAAAAGCCUCCAAAGAAUCCGGGAGCGUAAACUUGCCAGCUUCAUUCCCUGGGGUCCCGCCAGCAUCCAGGUGGCUCUGUCCAGGAAGUCCCCUUACCUGCCCUCUGCUCACCGAGUCAGUGGCCUGAUGAUGGCCAACCACACAAGUAUCUCCUCUCUGUUCGAGCGGACGUGCAAGCAGUACGACAAACUGCGUAAGCGCGAAGCCUUCCUGGAGCAGUUCCGCAAAGAGGACAUAUUCAAGGACAACUUUGAUGAGCUGGACAACUCUCGCGAGGUGGUCCAGCAGCUGGUGGACGAGUACAGCGCAGCCACGCGGCCCGACUACAUCUCCUGGGGAACGCAAGAACAAUGAACUAUUCGUCACGGUAUCUCAACUACAACCCUGUCUGCAUACAAUGCUUAGCUAGAUUAUUCCAUCUAAAUAAUUAAAAAAAAUCUUCUGAAAUGUAGACAGGUAUUUGGCUAUAACUGCUUCUCUGAAAAAAAUAUUUAUCGCAGUGUAAAAAAUACUUGUUUUGUGUCACAUCCCAGAGAUAUUCAGAGGAUUGAAAUAAAAAUAAUCCUUAACUAAUUGUCUAAUGAAAUAAAAGCUGAGUACUUCUUUCUUUGAACUGUAUACUAAAACAAAUCUGUUAUCUGUUAAAGUUGUUUUCAGUUUCUGCUUCUCCCCCCCUUGUAUAUUAUUCACUGACGUAAGAAAACCCGCUGCCUUGUUUUGUUCUAUUUUUAUACGCAGUACAGUGCUUCCGUUAUUGUUUAGCUGUUUAACAUCAGACACAUACAGAGCCAGUGCCUCGAAUAUUGGGAGUGGGUUUGACAUGAUGUUUAAUGCCGGUUCUUGCUUCCCAAACAUUUCUGACAAAGUGCUUUGUACAGUCUGCUGCUGAUACACAUCAUUGAAAUACGAUGUUCAAAUACCCAUCAUUCUGUAUGAACUGCGUUGACAGCAUUAGUCACCUGCAAUAGAGAAAGUAACGCUUUGCUCGGAUGAGAAACUGGAUCUAGUUUUAUCACCUUUAUCUUUGUCUUGUAAAUAUACUUCAGGAAAACUGGUUCAAUGGCAUUGUCUGUAUUGUUUGAAAUGAAUAUACAAGUAUACAGUGCUUUUCUUGUUGGACCUGUUCAAAAAUAAUGAAUAAACACUUUUUCUAUUA